AGGAAAAGCGAUGCGGGAAAACCGAGUCUAGCCUUGAUUUUUGGGGCAUUGACGUUCAUUUCCUUCUUACGACGGGUAUCUCGUACCUGCAUUAACGUCACGCGGACGCAUUCAACAUUUUGACCCAAAAGAUCCUUUUGGGGUGUUUAGUGACACUCGCCAAUUCUCUUCCGCUUGCCCUUGUCAUUGCUUCCUCCUUUAGAUGCUUCUGCCUUGCUGCGCAAGACUUUCUCUACGUCCCUCGACCUUGUCUAUUCCUCUUUGGUCUCGCGCCUGUCUGCACCAGACCACUCAACCGACCGCCAGCAUGGACGCGGUACGAGCCAAGAUGUCAGCUCUAACACCUUUCGCAAAGAAGCACAAGGUUACGAUAAUAGGUUCUGGCAAUUGGGGUUCAACCAUUGGCAAAAUGGUCGCAGAAAACACCGCCGAACACACCGACCUCUUCGAACGAGAUGUCCAGAUGUGGGUGUAUGAGGAAGACGAGGAGGUGGACAAGAAGUCCAAACACUACGACGAGUCGAACGAGCUGUGCAAAGGACCACAGAAGCUCACCACACUCAUCAACACCUUCCAUGAGAAUGUCAAAUACCUCCCUGGCAUUGAUCUACCUCACAACCUCGUCGCCAAUCCUUCCCUGACAGACGCCGUCAAGAACUCCUCCAUCCUCGUUUUCAACCUCCCUCACCAAUUUAUCCUAAACCUUUGCAAACAGCUACGGGGUCAUAUUCAACCUUUUGCCCGAGGCAUCUCCUGCAUAAAAGGAGUCAACGUCAAGGAAUCGUCCAUCAGCUUGUUCUCGGAGACGAUUGGCGAAGAGCUGGGCAUAUAUUGCGGUGCUCUAUCAGGUGCCAACAUUGCAAAAGAGGUUGCCGAAGAGAAAUUCUCGGAAACCACGAUUGCGUACGAUCCUCCACCAAUGGACUCAAGAGCGCCUACGCCUGCCACAUCGCAAGGCCCUAGUCCAGCUUCGAGUCAUGUAGACUUGACCAAGUUAGCCCACAAGGACGUCUCCGGCAAGCCGUCAAAAGUGAGACUUCAUCCCCUACCUUCAGAAUACCAGCCAAUCGACCAUGACACGAUCAAGAGACUGUUUCACCGUCGAUAUUUCCAUGUCCGUGUCGUUUCCGACGUUGCAGGCGUUUCGCUUGGUGGUGCUCUCAAGAACAUCGUCGCGGUAGCUGCUGGGUGGGUCGAUGGUCUAGGCUGGGGUGACAACGCUAAAGCCGCAAUUAUGCGAGUCGGUCUACUGGAGAUGAGAGAAUUUGGAAACAGGUUCUUCCCCAACACUGUCCAGCCAGACACAUUCACUGUGGAAUCAGCCGGUGUUGCAGAUCUGAUCACGACGUGUUCGGGAGGUCGAAAUCAUCGUUGCGCCAAAUUGAGUAUCCAGGAAGGAAAAUCGAUAGAAGAGAUUGAGGCCAGGGAACUCAAUGGUCAGAAACUACAAGGAGCCAUGACAGCGCACGAGGUCGCUACUUUCCUCAAGAGCCAGAAUGCGGAAAAAGACUUUCCACUACUUACUGCCGUACACAACAUCCUUCAAGGUCGUGGCAAGGCGGAGGAUCUUCCUGACCUGAUCGAACCUGAGGAUUCUGGCUAAGCGAGACAUCUGCGCCGGCUAUAUCCUCGGACACACUCGCCACGAUGCAUGGAUAGAGUUUGGCAAGCCAUAGAGAUUGAGACGACGUUUCGUAGACAUCACAACAUGAUACCCAGGUUGAGGAACGACAGACUGAUGACUAAGCGAGAAAAACUGGAGACGGGAGAGACAAAGACAGAAUCAAUGACUAUGCCUAGCGAUUGAUAUUGAUUGAAUCAGC